AUGAAUCCAUUAAUACCCUCAAAACUUGAGAACCUUGAUGUUGUUUAUGAAAUGUCACCGCAAGGAGGAGAUCGCCCUGUUAUAUUAGUGCUUUGUGCCUCCCAAUAUCUCCCCGGCAGAUACAAUGCGAUAGCGGACAGACUGUUGCGGAGACGUCCUGUACCAGAAUGGCAUUUAAAACCUCAGGCAACAUCAGAGGUGUUCAAGCGAUGGGGAAAACCAGACAUAGACCUCUUUGCAUCAGAAAGAUCCGCUAUACUACCAAACUAUAUAACAAUAGAUUCACGCGACUCUUCCGCAAUGUUUAUAGAUGCCUUUUCAAGAGAGUGGAAUUGUCAACUGGGUUGGAUAUUCCCUCCACCAAACUUGAUUCCGCAAGUGCUCUCACACCUCAACAAGUCAAGGGGUACGUUCCUGUUGGUAGCACCAGAUUGGGAAAAACCGUUUUGGAGAGUGGAUCUUCAGGCCGGAGCACUCGAUAAGCCAAUGAUUGUGACCUCGUUACAGGAAGUGUUAGUGGACCUCACAACAGCGCUUCCACCUCCGCAAGUAGACUGA